CCCUGAUGCACGGGUCUAUAAGUACACCAUCAUUAUACUAAUUGUUUGCAGGGCUCCUGCAUUGGGGUCAACUCUUCUGGAUUCGAAUGAUUUAUUUCUUCGCUCUACAUAUGAAAAAGUUUGAAAUAUUUCCGAUCGAAGUAUCGAUAACGAUUGAAAUUAAAACGAUCGUUGUGUACAGUUACAAGGAAAUCGGGAAUUCGCGUGAUCAAUAAUGUUUGUUAGUACACUCGAUACGCAAGCCAAAACGUUGAUCGUGUUCAAAACGGAAAUUUAAUACAAAUUCAGUGGUAAGCAUUUGAGAGUUAGUGAAACAGUGUAAAUGUAAAUAAAAAAAAUAGGAAAUUAACAUCGAAUAAAGUUACACGCGUACGAUAUCAAAUAGAUUAAGGGUAAUUUUUGUCUCCAUACAAAAGAAAAAAAAAAAAAAAAAAAAAAAAAAAUAGAAAAAGCGAAGUUAGUUGUUGGUGCAGAACUGAAUACACAAAACGGAAAUUCAGUUGUCAUAACGAACAUUGCAGAUUAAUUCAAUUUUUUCUGUGUGCAUUGCAACACCCGAAGUAUUAUUUUGUGCACACCUAUAAAAUUAAUCAUUAGAAGUCAACUGUGAAACAGUGUUUUGUUUCGUGAUCGCAAUCGGUGCUGCGAUGUCUUUGGCUCCCGUAUUUCGUAAUCUGAAAAAUCUGUGGAACUUUUUCUUUUUUAUAGGUAUUCAUCGUCUUGUUUGCUAGAGCGGAACGUUGAAGGAAAAACUUAAGUUCCAUUAUUUCUCGACACGAAUUUACUAAAGAUAUUCGGAACAAGAAUACAAUCGUUCAAAAGAAAAGGGAGAUCGCGGAAUGGCAUCAUCUAUGGUAGCUGUUCCAUCCGGAGCAGCAUCAGUUUCAGCAGCUGGAACUGGUAUUACACAGAACGAGGAGGUUGAACACGGAGAUGUUUUCAGCGAGCGAAACAUUAACAGCGUUAAUGGCUGCAACGAAACUUCUAAUCCUGGGGAUGCUCUAGAAGAGAUAAAUUGUGGUACCGGCGAGUCCGGUGAUCAAGAAUGUGCUAUUUGUAUGAGCAAACUUUGUUCUCCACGAGUGCUUUCUUGUCUUCAUGUGUUUUGCGAGGCUUGCCUGGACAAGCUUUUGAUGGAUGAGGCGGGCGACUCCAAGGUCAGCUCUGUCCUAAUCUGUCCUCUAUGUCAACAAGAAACUUCCAUUAGUUCUAAGGGUGCCGCGUCAUUGACGUGCGACUAUGUUUUAACUAAUAUACUUGACAUGUCUGCGAUCGAGAACAUGGCUGUACUCUGUACCUCGUGUAAAGCCAAAGAAAGCGCAGUUGCGCGUUGUUCGGACUGUGCCAACUUCUUAUGCCCGAAUUGCAACACUGCGCACCAGUUUAUGCGCUGUUUUGAAAGUCACAAGGUAGUGGCUUUUGAAGAUUUGAAGCAAUCCAACGAAGCUAUCCCGAUACAUAAACCUAUUUUUUGCGAGUAUCAUCCAGCUGAAAAUAUGAAGUUUUACUGCUAUACUUGUCAGGAACCUAUAUGCAAUGAAUGUUUACUGGUUGAACACAAAGCUCCAGACCAUCAGUAUGAAAGAUUGGUAGACGCAGAGCCGCGUCAAAAAGAAGAACUGAUAAAGUUGAUGAAUGAAAGUAAAGCAAGGAUCGCAGACUGUGACCAGAUGUCUGCACAGUUAGAAAAUGCACUUAGCGAACUACAAGCGCAACACGAUCAGGCUAAAGAUCUAAUCGUAGAGACGUUUCAGAGUUAUAAAGCUGUUUUAGAAAAAUGUCGUGAUAAUGCCUUGGUUGAGCUUGAAAAGUUACAUUCUGAUAGAGAAUUAGAAAUAAUGGACACGUUUCAUAGCGUUGAGAAAACUGUGGAGAAAAUAGAAGAUGCUUGUCGUUUUACCUCUAGACUUUUGGAGCAUGGUGACGCUGUGGAGAUCCUCGCACUUCGCCGUAUCGUAGGAACACAGUUAAUGAAUUUAAUAAAAAACACACCAAAGCCAAAUGUUUCUUCUUCUAUCGAAUUUCAAACUGAUUAUAUCCAGUUUGAAAAAACGGUAAAAGAUGUAUUUGGAAAAUUUCAUACUGAGAGGACACCGGUGACGAAAUCUACUCCCGAACCAAUCUCAACAGUACCAGGGGUUUCUACAACUCAGCAGAUCGUUCAUACUUCAAUGGGCUGUCCGCGUUCAAUUAGUACAAGAUCUCCUAUCUCUCUUCCCGCUUCCAUGCAAUCCUCGUUUGAAGGUGAUCCAUCGUUUGUUAUACCCCCUACGUCCAGUCCUCAAAAUAUUCCUCCUCCACCACCUCCUGUAUCCCUUCCUCCAGGUCCUAUUCACGGCCUUACCAGUAUUCAAGAGUACAAUCUACAGCAGCUAGCCAGUUUAGCAGAAAAGGUUGAAAUGGUUGGAGAGUCAAACGUAGUUGGACCUAGCUCAAAUCCUAGCCCAACUCCACCGUUCACUUUAGCGGAUUUGUUUGCUGGUGAUCUGAGUUCCACCAGUCAUGCAAUUAAUAACUUGCAAGCUCUUGCAAAAUUAGGAAAUACUCUUGGCAAUCAAGAUCUCGGAAACGCGACAAUUAAUGGUGGUAGUGGUCUAGUAUUGGGUAGAGGUCCUUCGCCCGCGAUUGUAGAUACGCCAAAUUUGGGUUUAACUGCCAACAGUCUUUUGAAUGGAGGAUUUCAGUCUUUAUCUUCCUCCACAUCACCCAUACUUUCACAGGGGGCUGACGAUUUAAUCGGGGAUUCGAUGCAUAAUAUGCCUGUAGUGGUAGGAGGGAAUACUGUUGGCAAUGUAACCGGUUCCGGAUCUGGAAAUUAUGCUCAUCCACGUUCAAAUAACACAAAGUUAACACCCAUGCACAUUAGGUGUAAAUUUGGGCAAUUAGGUCCCAGCAAAGGUCAAUUCAGCUCGCCUCAUGGAUUUUGUUUAAGCGCCGAUGAGGAUAUUAUUGUUGCUGACACAAAUAAUCAUAGAAUUCAGAUAUUCGAAAAGACUGGUAUUUUCAAAUUCCAAUUUGGUGUUCCUGGUAAAGAAGAGGGACAACUGUGGUAUCCGAGAAAAGUCGCUGUGAUGAGAAACAGCGGUAAAUUUGUUGUUUGCGACCGUGGAAACGAACGAUCUAGGAUGCAGAUAUUUACGAAAAACGGUCACUUUAUGAAAAAAAUAGCAAUUCGUUACAUCGAUAUUGUAGCUGGCCUAGCUGUUACUAGCGAGGGCCACAUUUUGGCUGUUGAUAGUGUAUCACCAACAGUGUUUGUAAUCAGUGAUACAGGAGACCUUUUAAGGUGGUUUGAUUGCAGUGAAUACAUGAGGGAACCAAGUGAUAUUGCAAUUAGUGGUAAAGAAUAUUUUGUUUGCGACUUCAAAGGACAUUGUGUUGUGGUGUUCAACGAAGAGGGCAAGUUUUUGCGUCGCAUUGGCUGUGACAAUGUAACAAACUUCCCGAAUGGGAUCGAUAUUAGCGAUGCAGGAGAUAUAUUAAUAGGAGAUUCGCAUGGUAAUCGUUUUCACGUGGCUGUUUUCUCAAGAGAUGGUUCCUUGAUUUCUGAAUUUGAGUGUCCGUAUGUCAAGGUAUCUCGAUGUUGUGGCUUGAAAAUAACUUCCGAAGGGUAUAUCGUAACUUUGGCUAAAAAUAAUCACCACGUCCUCGUACUGAACACUCUUUACAUAUCAUGAAGCGAGGAAGCAGACCAAACAAGUAUGUCGUAAUUUUCUUCAGCGAGUGGAACUUCCUUGUGGAUCGCUCUGCUAUCAACGAAGGACGAAUCGAUUAAAUACUAUACAACCAACAAACUAAAUACGUGGCAUCGAGUGCUUUGAGAUUUGGGCCUAUCGAAGUAAUAGAAAAACAAGUGCAGCAUGCAGCUUUUUAAUAGUCUGUAAAAAGAAAACAAAAAACAUACAUACAUAUAUAUAUACACACAUAUAUAAAUGCGUCCCUGUUUUAUGAAAGUAACAACAAUAUUUGAAAGAAGAAAAAGGUGAACGUACGUCUCCGACCAAAAAACAGUAUAAAUAGUGAUUUAGCGAGUUGCAUUUGGUAAACUGCCAAGAUAAAUUUAAAAACAAAAAAAAAAAAAAAAAAGAACGAAAACGAAGCAAUAAAGGAAAGCAGCGACAGAAAGUCAACAACCGUGUCAACCAUGAAAUCGAAUCGGAUCACUACACACAGUGAGAAGAAACAAAAAUGAAGAUGGAAGAGAGGGGGAAGGAACUUACAGAACAAUAGUUUUCCGUCACAAUCGAUUGAUUCAUCUUCGACUCGUCAGUAUUUUAGGUAUGUUUACAAAUCAAAUUAUUCUAGUCUCUAAUGAGCACUGUUUACACGUUGAUUUUUAUCCGUACUCGAAGCAACGUAUAUUUGUUUCAUUUUUUUUUUUUUUUUUUUUUUAUCUUGGUCCUUCGGUGGAACCAAUAAGUAUAUACACAUAGGGAAGAAAGAAAAACCAAUAAUACGAAUUCUUUCUUUCGUUACGUUACUUCGAGAUAUAUUCGUAGACGCACUAUGUUUCUAAGGUUUCGUUAAGAAUCGUUAGGUAAUCCAGUAAGCUCGUCAAGAAAUGAGAGAGUAUAAUUAGGAAAAUAGAAAAGGAGGUUCCUUUGCUUAAUGCAAAAGGAAGAGAAUUGUUGCAUGCUGCGACACAUAGUAGUACUUCCUGCUCUUAUCAUAUCAUAUCUCUAAAGAAACGAAUAAAGAAAGGAAACAGUACCCCUCGUUGUGGCAGGCACGAAGCUUAACAUAGGAAAAGAAAAGAAAAGAAAAGAAAAAAAAAAAAAACUAAAACUGAAAAACACAAACUGGCGAUUUUUCUCUGUGCAUUUGGAAAUUAGUAGUUCAAAAGGGGGUGGGAGAGGGAAAGAGAUUAUAUGAUGUAACGUUAAUGCGAAAGGUAUAGAUUACAAUACGUUGAAAAAUCAAACAUUUAAAUGUCUUACAAAACGAGGAAUCGUACACGACGUAUAUUCGAGGAUAAAUAAAUAGAAAACAAUUGUCUAGACUUGCCACUGAUAAUAGAUCCUGUCUAUACAUUGUUAAAAGAAAGAACAAAAAAAAUAAUAGGCGAGACACAUAAUGGUUACAAUAUUUACUCAGGAUGCUUUAUUAUGGUCCACCAUAUAAAUACAAUAUAUAUGCGUGUGUGAAUAAUUGGUUCGUGGUGCUAGCGAAUAAUACAUCCAUACCAUGUAAAUGUAUUUGUUAUAAAAAUUACAGAAUCGUUCCGACAUUUUACUAUACUGUGGAACGGUCGUGUAAUAUAUUAUACAAGGUUCAUAAGUAAAUUAUACCACCGGUAUCAUAGGAACAAUACUUUAUCUAUAUUUAAAAACAAAAAUUAAAAAACAACGUACAGUUUGCUAAAUAACUUCUAUUUAUGUAUAUAUUAAACAUGAUCCAUAAAGAUGAAAAAAAAUCCACGUAAAACACAUACAUAUAUAUAUAUAGAAAUACACAUAUUUUUUAGGGUUGUUUACAUGAUCAGCCUUAAGAUUUAAUUGAAAUUAUAAAAAUGCAAUGUGUAUACAACAUGUAAUACGGAUAUAAUGGGCAGAGCUAUACUGUGUUACAUUACCUACAAUAAUGAUUGAAUGUGAAUAACUAUCUUGCCAUACCAAAUGUUAGAAAGCACAUCCAUAUACAUAUUUCUAUUUGAAUAGCUUCAACAAAUUUGUUUUUUGCAUACAGACAAUUGGCUAUGCUAAAUAGAGAAUUGGUCGUUAUCGUAGAGGGAACAGCUGAGAUAAGAGAUGAGAGGAGAGAAAGAGUUAAACUAUGGGGGAAACGUGAAAAAAGAAAUGCAGGAAUAAUAAUAGAGGGUUACUCGAAAAAAAAUUUCCGCGUAAAAUUUCUAGUAAGUUGCACGAAGCCUACAUAUGUACACCUAAGCUAAUCAGUCGUAAUCAUCUUUUAUUAUUAGAAGUUUUAAUUUUAUAUAUAUUAAAAAAAAAAAAAAAAGUAAUUCUGAAGUAUUUAAUAGUCAUGGUUAGCAGAGUUAUAUAAAUAAUGCCUGUGAUAAUAGUAUCGUCAGGAUAAGUUGUGUCCUUACAGAGUCUCUGAUGUUGUUGCUAGGUAAAUAUGAUUAGAGGUACCAAUGAGAUGCUGUUAGCAAUGCCUUGUGGAAGGUGUAUUUCUGUUUAAUGCACAAUAACACCCGACACAAUGCCAUCAAUGGUCUCUAGUGGUACAUUGAAUAUAAGAAUAAAAAAAAAGAAAAAAAAAAGAAAAUAUUGAGAAAAAAAAAUAAAGAGAAUAUGUUGCAAAAAAUUUUGCCAGUCGUAUUUAAAGAAGAAGAAGAAGAAGAAGAAGAAAAAAAAAUGAACUCAUAGUGUAACGAAUGGAUGACCAUUAAUGAAGAGGGUCUUUUACCUCACAAAAUUAUUAUAUUACGCUCACCUUAUAUAUACUUGAAUAUUUUAGUAUAGAUUUACUCUAUUUACAUAUUUUUAUCUGUGGAAGACUACUUGGCUAAUUUAGGCCACUGUUGAAAUUCACCCCUUAUUUGCCUUGAUGUUUAAAUUACAAUAAUAAUAUAAAAAAAAAAAAGAAACGAGGAUUACUUGUUACGUAAAUGGUAAUUGUGAUAGAUUUUUUGAUGAUUUUUACAAUCUCAAAAGUCUUAUUAUCCUAAUAUGUAUAGAAUUAUAAUAGUCACUCUCUACAUAAACUACAUAAAAAAAUAAAAAAGCUCUGCUUACAUUGUUAAAAACUAAUAAUUAUUAAAUGACAAAAAAAUAAUGAAUAUAUCACUCUAUUGUAAGCAGUUUAUGAGACAAGAGAAAUACAGUCUAUCGAAUGAUAUAUUCAGAUAUGUUCUAUGUACUAUACUUUUAACUAAUCUAAUAUUUUUAUCGCAAAACAAAAACAAAUCAUAGUUUCCAAGGCCUUUUUUGGGUGCCACCUAAAAACUUCGACACGAUUUCGGUUUCUCUAAUCGUUUUUUGUAUUCUUUUUCGAUAUUUAUCUAUAUGCAGCUUCAAAGAAAGGAAAAACAAGGGGAAAAAAAAUUUACAAGAAAUAUUUAUUGUUUCUGCAAUGUGCAUCCAAGAUGUCUCUGUAGCAAUGAUCAACAAAUGUGUAUUUUAUUCUAUACGACAUUUGUAAGAUCCAGGAUGUAACAGAGUACAUAACUUUGGGCUCUUACAAAUUUCCCAGUGUUAUUUAUCGUUAGACCAAACGUUCAAAGAAAAAUGGCGCGCUUAAGUCAUGGCAUUUUAAGAAUUUAGCCAUGAUGAAGUUUUACCUCAGAUAUAAAUAUCGGAUUUUUAUUUAUUAUCUAUUUAUCAUCACAUUUUUAUUUCUCUUCACGUUAUAACGCUUGGUCCAUCGAUCUUGUAACGCAUAGUCUGGUUACUUAAAUUUUUUAUGGAUCGAAAGCCCGCGAGAGUGAGGGGAAAAAAAUACAUUUGCGAUAUAAAUUGCUGCAACCAUAAAAGAAAAGCCGUGUCAUGAAAGUGUACGAAUGUAUUGAGUUAUAAAAAGCCGUUGUCUGCCAACCGUAAAGUUGACGAAGAACAGGAAAUUUAUAUUGCGUAAUAGAAAAACAGAAAACGCUUUUAAAGAAAGAAAAAGAACCGACGAUUCAAAUCGAGAAAUAUGAAUUAAAAAGAAACAUGUUCCUGAUUUCGAAGAUCGUAUCAUAUUUAAACACUACAAUAAAGUAAAAUAACUCGCGUGUUUUUUGCGAAUAUCGACGGGGGCAUCUACGCAUACAAUUAUUUAUAUAUAUAUAUAUAUAAUAUAUCUAUAUACACACAUACACACAUGAUAUAUAAUAUAAUAUAUAUAUAUAUAUACAUAUACACGUUAACGAUAAGAUUUGAAAAUGAAAAAAAGACGCAACAUUAACUGAAUUCUAGCCUACGGUUAAUCAUAGUCUUCCUAGAGUUCUGGAAAAGAGAGAAAAAAAAAAGGAAAAAGUUCAUCUUUUUUCGAUUACUAAUUCUCUUUUUUUUUUUUUUUUUUAAGUCAUGGUUUUCCAGAAGCUGUGUCGUGGCCGAUUACUAGCUAGAACAGAGCGUAAUUAAAUGAAACUUAGCCUCCCCCCAACGGUGUUUGUGCUAACAAGAAUUGGCAAGUCGAACAGAUUGGUUUAGAUCUUUUAUCGAACAUGACUUAUCCGUUAUAUAAAAAUCCAUUUAAAAGGAGAACCAUUCAUACAUAUAUCUUCUUUAGCAUCGGAACGGUACCCUGCACGAUGGCUUCCCCGGGGAGAAUAACGCGAGCGUCGAAAGGGUUCCAUACAUACAGGGGCCUGUUACCCCUACCACUUUAAUAUUUAUUUCAUUUAUCCAUAUCUCCUAAUUAUACACUUAAUCGCUAAUAAAAAUAACACUAAUUCUCUUCUAAAUUAAAAUCUUUAAAAUUAAGGGAAGCCUACUUUGCUCGGUAUUGUAUAACAAGAAAGGGAAAAAAUAAUAGAACAAGUUCGCAGAGGAAUCGUAUUUCAUUAGUUCAUUACGUAAAACAAGUGCGUUUCUUUGUUGCUUUUUUUCUCUUUAUUUUUUCUUCUUUUUAAUAGCAUUUUUUCCAUUGCUUUACUCGUUUCUUGUAAGUCAUCAUUUAAGUCAUAUUAAUUUUACUUUUGUUGAGGCAUUAUAUAUGUGUUCUGUAUCAAGAUUAGGGAACACUUACUCUAAUACAAUUUGUGGUAGUGUUUUUUCUUUUUUCUUUUUUUUUUUUUUUUUGCUGACAUGAAUUUAUUGUUUGUUCUUCUGGAUGUGUGCGUUUUUACCAUUCAUGACGAUCAUUCAAUGAAUAGGGAAUAUAGUUUCCGGUUCAUUUUGUAUUAUUUACGCACUUUGUAGUGUUUUUCUUUUAUGUUUAUUUUUCUUCUUUCCCACAUGACUUUGACGUUUUUUUAUUCUUUUGUAAUUUUUUUUUUUUUGUUUUCCACCCUUUACCUCUCCUUUAUCCAUCCCAUUUUGAUCAUUGUUCUUUUUUUUUUUUAAAUUCUCUUCGUGUUUUGUUUUCUUUUUUCCUUUAAUGAUUCAAAUAUUCUUCCUGUUCUUGUUUUUCGAAUACUCACGACAGAAGUGACGAAAGGCAUGAAUUUUGAAGUAUUUCGUUGCCUCUCAACUCCGUGCCACCACCCACUCCCUAAUAUCUUUCAAUCGAACCUUAGAAUUUUAUUUUUGUUAAUUCAUUUACGCUACGUUUUUACAAAUUAUUAUUAUUAUUAUUACUAAUAUUAUAUCCUAUUUUUAACCAUAAAUUCCUUCGGUAGAUGUAGAUUAAUUUAAGAAUAAUUAGCAUUAAGACUUUGCAUUUCUUUGUUUAUUUUUCUUUUUUUUUUUUUUUUCUCUUUUAAAGACAACGUGCAGAUCUCAAGCCAAAUAUAUUCUCGUUAACCGUUUGAACCCUUCUCCUUCCCUCUCUAACUCCAUUUCAUCGAAAUAAGAUUCCCUUAAAACUGUGUGAUCAUCAUUUUACUUGUGUGGCUUUAAAUCGAGAGGAAACGAGCAGUUUAUUUUUUAUUUGCGGGAAAAAACGAGCAGCUUAUAUUUUAUUUGCGAGAGGAAGUAAAAGAAUGUGGUAAAUCUUGCGUUUAAGUUGACCACGCAUUCCGACGAUCUUUUAUUUUAUUUUCUUCUCUUUAUAUUUUUUUUUUUUUUUUCUUUUCAUCCACUUUACAUGGUCAAAUUCUUUAGUGCCAAAAUGAAAAUUGAAAAGAAAGGUAGCGAAGGGAAAUAAGAGACAGACUGCUCUCGGUGUAAUGUAACGAAUGAAACAAAGAGGGAGAAAAGCGCUUUGUUCGCAAUGAAUUUUUUUUUUUUUUUUAUAUAUAUUUUAAUGUUUUAUUUCUCGUUAAUAUUUAUUUAUGAUAAUUCGUUUGUUGAGUUCCGUUUACACGUAAUAAUUACGGGGUGUAUCAGUGGUUCUAGAGUUAAGGGAAAUACGAAGAAAGAAAGAAAGAAAGGAUAUAUAUGUAUAUACAUACACACACAGACACACACGUAAAAGAAGAAAAAAAAAAGUGAAAAAUUAAAGAAUAUUAAACGAUUAUAAAAAAUCCUUGCUUAGUCAGUUAAAGUACAAAUGUUUAAAUGUAUUCUAUGAUUAGGUAAUAAGCGAAACGAAAGAGAGAAUGGGAGAGUGAAAGGGUAAGAAAGAGAAAAUGAGAGAUGCGAGAAAGCAAAACGCGUAGCCGCGUAUAAACUUGGUUUCAUUCCUUAAUAAGCCUCUGAUAGCUUUAUUUAUAUUUGCAUUAGUUACUUGACGUUAAUAAUACUUAAAAGAAAACAAAAACAGAAAAAAAAAAACGAAAAAAA